GCUCAGUGCUACCUAUUUGCAGAUACGCCGUAUCGCCGUAUUAGCCAAUCGUGGCUGUGUACCUAAGUAGCUAUGAUGUGUUACUACGAAUUAUAAAGACGUCGGGAUGCCGUUCCUGAAUUUUGAAGGCCAUUUCAAAUUUUCUUAGAGCUCUCUGGUAUAAGCGCGAUACCAAAUAUCAUUAAUAUCGAAAUCAAGAUAAACUAGUCGACCAGUCGAGAAAAUGGGCAACCCGACAGAAGCAGACUUCGCAUAUGAAGCCGGCAGUGCUGCGCCACCUCCCUACGCCGCAACGGAGACCAGCGCCCGAUCAGACGCACCGGCACCAUCAUACCAAGCCGUGCCGGGUGGUAGCAGCAGCUCCGGCAUCUCAGGCGUAACGAACAAGAUUCCCCAAUCACUCAACGCAUACUUCCCCCCUCUCACGAAGUGGUCGCGGAUGAUGUACCUAGGCGAGCACGCCGACCAGCCCUUCUUCGCCGUGACGACGCACACCGGGCUCUCGGGGAAACCACUGCUGGAGAUGCACGCGGGGCCCACGGGCUCCGAACCCAUCAUCGCGACGGCGGGCUCCGAGAGCCGGUGGAGCAGCGGCAGGACCACCAUCGUCAAGCUGAUCCCCGGCGGCGGCUACCUCUCAGACUCCGCCGCCUCGGGGGAGACCACCACGACCUUCACCAUGAAGGAGACGUGCUUCAAGAAACACGUCACGUACCCGUUCUCCGUCGAGGUCGGCCUCGGCAAGGACGUGCGGGUCGAGCACUUCGAGUGGCGCAGCAGCCGCGGCGAGGAGGUGAAGGCGCUCGAUAGCGCCUCGUGGAGGGGGUUCAAGUUAGUCCGGCUAGGCAGCGAGUCCCUGGGCCCCGGCGGCGAGAGGGCGACGCGGUCCGCGGGCGCUUCGAGCGACGGGAAGGAGGUCGUCGCGGUGUACACGGCGAACGGCCACUUUAGCAGGAACAAGGUGUUCAAGUUCCAGUUCCUCGAGAGCGGGGCCACGGGCGUGCUGGGUGAGAAGUUUGCCCUGGCAGCGGUCAUCACGGCUUCGAAGAUCGGGUUCGUGGAGUUUAUCGUCACGCAAUCUACUGCUGGCGCCGGCGCGUAGAGGCGAUGGUUUUUGUGGAGUUUUAUUAGACAUUACUUGUGUUGUCUAGGCAUUUUUAUGCAUUGUAAGGCGCUUCCGGUUGCUGGGUUAAGCGAAAUUUGACUAUGUAUGGUAUCCUAUGAAGUUAGGGAUUUGUAGAUAUGAUUUAUAUGAUAUUGCGUCUCAGAGAUUCUCGUUCAAGAGGCUUUAGCGUGUGAAAUAAUAUGAAAGAAGUUUUCUUAUGUGACCCAUCCAAGAUUACCUAAGGUAAACAUAUCGCAAGUCUCUCUAAUAAAAUCACUUUAGCAGAUACUCUCUGGCAAAUAUCAUAGAGUACAUAAAUAUACUGAGCUUUGUAACCUAGAAGAGGGACGGAGAUGCGGGCGGGCGGGGUGGAAUCUAAUUUGUAACAUCCCGUGAACCCUUUAAACCGGGAU